AUGAAAAUUCAAGUAAAAGACUAUGUCUUCGGGUUGAUUCCGGUCACAAAAGAGCUAGAGGUCGAGAAAUGGACAACGAUUGAGGAAGUGAAAAAGAAGACUUCAUCAUCGAUUGUGCCUGAUCUCAGUGAUCUAUUUAAUUUCGGGAAAUCGAAUGAGCUCUCUGGUGGUGGUUUCUUCACAGGACAACCGGUGAUGGCCACUUUUUGGGGAGGAAACGUUUAUGGAGACAAGCGAACACUUGAGACUUGCGGGAUCUGUGAUGGAGAUUUGAUUGAUCUCACGAAAUAU